UUUUCGGAUGUAAAACCAAUUUAGACACCGGCGCAUUUUAAUUUCUGCUGCGAUAACAAACCGCGGAAAUUGCCCAACGAUCAUCCUCCGACAGACUUACCUACCCAACAAACCACAUCGCGCCGAGCCAGCAGUUACACCACACCGCAUCAGUCAAGAUGGCCAAGAAGACGACCCUCGCCGAGUUCGAGUCGGUAUUCCCUAAGCUCGAGGAGGUCCUCCUCGAGCACGCGCAAAAGUACAAGCUUCCCAAGGAGGAGCUGGCAUGGUACAAGAAGAGUCUCGAGAUCAACACCCUCGGCGGAAAAUGCAACCGCGGCAUGUCGGUCCCCGACUCGGUCUCCCUGCUGCUCGACAAGCCCCUCAACGAGGAGGAGUAUUUCCAGGCGGCGACGCUUGGCUGGAUGACGGAGCUCCUACAGGCCUUUUUCCUCGUUUCGGACGAUAUCAUGGACAGCAGCAUCACGCGCCGCGGCAAGCCCUGCUGGUACCGGCACGAAGGCGUCGGCAUGGUCGCCAUCAACGACGCCUUCUUGCUCGAGGCCGCCAUCUACACGCUGCUGCGCAAGUUCUUCCGCGAGCACGCUAGCUACGUCGACCUGCUCGAGCUUUUCCACGAGGUCACCUUCCAGACCGAGCUGGGCCAGCUCUGCGACCUUCUGACGGCCCCCGAGGAGCAGGUCAACCUCGACAACUUCAGCAUGGAGAAGUACCGCUUCAUUGUCGUCUACAAGACGGCCUACUACUCCUUCUACCUGCCCGUCGCCCUCGCCCUCCACUGCCUCAACAUCGCCACCCCCAAGAACCUCAAGCAGGCCGAGGACAUCCUCAUCCCCCUCGGUGAGUACUUCCAGAUUCAGGACGACUACCUCGACAACUUCGGCCUGCCCGAGCACAUUGGCAAGAUCGGCACCGAUAUCAUGGACAACAAGUGCAGCUGGCUCGUCAACCAGGCCCUGCAGAUCGCCACCCCCGAGCAGCGCAAGAUACUCGAGGACAACUACGGCCAGAAGGACAAGACCAAGGAGGCCGUCAUCAAGAAGCUCUUUGACGACAUGAAGCUCAAGGAGCGCUACCACGAGUUCGAGGAGAAGCGCGCCAACGAAAUCAAGGUCAUGAUUGACAACAUUGACGAGAGCGAGGGUCUCAAGAAGGGUAUCUUUGAGGCCUUCCUCGCCAAGAUCUACAAGCGCAGCAAGUAGACCGUGUCUGUUUAUCCCCCUCAUACAUAAUUAAUGCGGUCUCUCUGCGUGGGUCAUCGUCGUUACACCCUUGCCAGAGCCGGGCGGGGAGUAGGGGUUCUCGUCAACAAAGGGGCAAGGAGAGAAGGAGAAGGAAAGAUACCUGAGUCCGAUUGAUUUCGACAGAGAUGACAACGACAAUAGACAGUUAGAAUCAUGCAUAUCCAUUAUUAAAGUAAAACAAAAGAAAAAAAUGCUCCAACUAGAUUUUUUGAUCUUCGUUUCCCUGCCGCUGGUUCGUUCAUCUCUCUCAAAGUUGAUUUUUGUGACCGACAUAUUCGUCGGCACGCGGGUAUCUUACAUGUUAAAUGACCCAUUACGCCCAGGAUCGCGAGCACAGCCUCUGUGCGCAUCGCUCCUUUCACUACAAGCACGCGGUCUUUCUCUCCUCGCCAGCUUUCCUCCUUGGGUUUCUCGUUCAACGUCCCU